UCCCUCUCCUUUUAUCUGAACACCAACAACAACUACCAAAACCAGAAGCUCCCAGAAGAGGCAGAAGAAGAAGAAGAAGGUGAAAAGAAGAUCAUAGAUGGGAAGCAGUGGCACAAAGAGUAGUAAGAGAUGGGUUCUGUUCAGGGGGUUAAUAAAGAAAGAGUCCUUGACAUGGAAGUUCUUGGGGAAGUGGAAGAGGCUGAAUCUCCAACUUUCUUUCAUUGAUGAUAUAUGCUUCAAGUUUUUAUCUGUUUUUGAAGCCGUUGUUUUGGUUUCCACUCUUUGUUUCUUCUUUCUUUGCUGUGGCUGCCAUUUCUGACCUCCUGCUUAAUUUAUCUAUGUAUCGUUUUUCUUUCUUUCUCUGUUGACUGUAGUUGCUGUGUUGGAUAUGAAGGGGAAGUAAGGGAGAAUACUGAAGCUUUCCCAUUUUCAUUAUAAUUUUAGAACUUUAUUUAAUUCUUUUCAUCUUUUGUCUUCCUGUUUGUUUGUGUCACUCUAGUAAUGGAGAAAGAAAGACUUCUUAUUAA